AUGCAGAGUGGAGAAAACACGAGCCCUGCCCAGUGGAGUGGGCUUCGUGAAGAGGGGAACAUUGCGUUCAAGAACGGUGCAUUCGAUGAGGCUAUCAGACUUUAUUCAAAAGCCAUCGAAAUGAACCCGCAGGAGGUCACUCUUUUUUCGAACCGAAGUGCCGCAUAUUCAAAGAAAAUCGAAUUUAAGGCGGCCCUGGAAGACGCUGAGGCAGCAAUAGCGAUUGACAAGACUUUCCCCAAGGCAUACUCACGUCUUCACGCCGUGCUGUGUAACCUGGGCCGCUUCCAGGAGGCUGCGCAGAAACUGAAGCAGGGUGUCGAGAAUCUAGAGAGUUCUGGUGCACCAAAGGUAGACAUUAAGCAUCUGCAGGAAAUGCAAGCAGUUGCUGAAGAGGGUCAAAGAGCCAUUGAGGAAGGACAACGUUUUCUUGCAGAGGGAAACUUCACUGGCGCAGAGAAGGCACUAAUAGAGACAUAUAGAGCCUUUCCGUACUGCGCCUCUGUUGCCUUUAUGAUCGCCGAGGCUCGGGCAGCGAAGCACCCAGAAGAAGUGACACGUACUCUCAUGUCCUUCACUCAAACACACAGCAAUGAUCCAUCGUACCUUUACACAUGGGCCUUGGCGAGCUACUACCGUGGACCGGACGGCUUAAAAAGUGCACAGACCAUUCUCCGUCAGGUAUUAGAGUGGGAUCCCGACAAUAAGAAGGCUAGUACUCUUUUGAAAAAGAUUCGUUUUGUCGAAUCUCAUAAGGAGAAGGGAAAUACUGCAUUCAAAGAGAAACGAUUCCGAGAUGCUAUAGAGGCGUACACAGCUGCCAUUGACCUGGACUCUACCAAUGUGAGAAUGGUAGCUACUUUACGGGGAAAUCAAGCUGCUGCAAAGAUGGAACUAAAGGAAUAUUCAAGUGCUCUUCUCGAUUGUGAUUUUGCUAUUAACAAUGGUGGUGGUAGCGCCAAGCUUCAUGCACGCCGUGGCCGCAUUCAUGAGCAAUUAAAUAAUUAUGCUGAUGCUGUGAGAGAUAUUCAGAGAGCAGCUGAGAUGGACGAGUCGUACAAUGGUGAGUUGCGUCGCAUGAAAGCAAGUGCAAAGAAGGGAAAGCGGAAGGACUACUAUGGAACUCUUGGUUUGCCCAAGAACGAAGAUAAUGAUGCCUCCAUUAAGCGUGCAUACAAGAAGGCGUGUUUGCAGUGGCAUCCGGAUAAGUGGGCACACGCCCAGGAAGAUGAGAAGAACCACGCUGAAAAAAUGUUUAAGGAAGUAGGUGAGGCCUUUUCGAUUCUUUCUGAUCCGCAAAAGAAGCGCAUGUAUGACAAUGGGCACCUUGACAACGCCGUAGAGGGCGCCGCGGCUCCUGGGAUGCCUCCCUUCAGCGAUGAUAUGAUCAACUUGAUGCACAUGUUCGGAGGCGGGUUGUCUCAGGGUGAAAUGCCACGCGGUUUCGGUUACCCUGGUGCCCAUCAGGGUAACCGUCAAACAGGAUUCCAAUUCCGGUUUUUCUAG